GCAGCGCGGGCGGAGGCCCAGAAGCAACGGCGCCGGGUGGGAGCGGAGCACGAGUGGCAGCCAUGAACCCCAACUGCGCCCGCUGCGGCAAGAUCGUUUACCCCACGGAGAAAGUGAACUGCCUGGACAAGUUCUGGCAUAAAGCAUGUUUCCACUGCGAGACCUGCAAGAUGACCCUAAACAUGAAAAACUACAAGGGCUACGAGAAGAAGCCGUAUUGCAAUGCACACUACCCGAAGCAGUCCUUCACCAUGGUGGCAGACACUCCCGAGAACCUGCGCCUAAAGCAGCAGAGCGAGCUUCAGAGCCAGAUUCGCUACAAGGAGGAGUUUGAGAAGAACAAGGGGAAGGGCUUCAGCGUGGUGGCUGACACCCCAGAGCUGCAGAGAAUCAAAAAGACUCAGGAUCAGAUCAGCAACAUUAAAUAUCACGAAGAGUUCGAGAGGAGCAGGAUGGGCCCGAGUCCCAGCGAGGGCGCUGAGCUGGAGCGCAGGAACUCCCAGGAGAGCACCAACUACCGGAGACCCGCAGAGCAGCAGCAUCAGCCAUCUCAUCACGUCCAACCCAGCAACCCAGGCUACCAGCAGCAGCAGCCGUCAUCUCAGUCCUACGGCUACAAGGAGCCCGCGGCACCAGCCUCCACACAGCGCAAUGCUCCUUCUGGAGGGGGGAAGCGUUUCCGCGCCGUCUACGAUUACAACGCGGCUGAUGAAGACGAGGUCUCCUUCCAGGAUGGCGACACCAUCAUCAACGUGCAGCAGAUCGAUGACGGAUGGAUGUACGGCACGGUGGAGCGCACGGGUGACACGGGCAUGCUCCCCGCCAACUACGUGGAGGCCAUCUGAGCCGCGGGAGGGGUCGGGGUGCGUGGCUGACAGCCAAGCCCCCAGCCCGCGCCGGCCCCCGUGUGUGUGUGUGUGCGUCUCUCUCUCUGCCCCAGCAUCCCUUAUCCCGUGUGCUCUGCCAUUGCCCGCCAGAGCCGUGUCCUGACAUCUCGGUUACUCUGUGUUUCUGCAGCCGCCUCCGGUUUCUCUUGCCAAUUUAGCUUUGUUCUAGCUCUGUCGGGACUGAGGGACUGUCUGUAAGGGAUGUUGGGGGCUUGAGAGACCAAAUCGCCGCAGCUUUCCUUCUCCUUCCGUCUCCCUCCUCUCUAGCCCUCCCGGGCACUCUGGCAUUUCCUGGCCGGGGGAAGCAGCCGGAGUCACCGGGAACCUAGCAAAGGGAGGAGGAGACUGUCUGUUAGGACCAAAUUCCCCCUGCUCCGGUGGGGACGGGCAGUGGGGCAGCGAUGUCUGCGCGGAGGAGGUGAGGGAUGCUUGUCCCAGGGGCUGGGCUGGCAGCCUCCACCCAGCACCACCCUGGCUCCUCCCGUUGCUUCUCCUGGCUCCUCUGUGCAGCGUUUCAUUCAGUCUUCGCUCCCUUCAGUCAUCAAAACAGAAAAACAUUCGCAGUUCAAAUCUUAAACAAAAUCUUUCUCCUCGGGAUUCAGAGCGGCUGCUCUGGACAGCCCUGGAGCGGCUCUUGCUUCUGCCUUGGGCUCUGGCUGCCUUGUUCUGCCUCCCCGAUCCCUCUGGGGCUGAGCCGGGGCUGUGCUGGUGCAGGUAAAGGAGUAGCAGCCGCAGCCUUGCUUUGCUGGAAGCUGUUGCUCCCACUCGAGGGCUGGAGACGGGCCGGGAUCCCCAGUUCUCUGCGCUGGGGGGAUGCACUGCAACACCGAGACCUCACGUCCCCCCUGCAGCCCUGGCUUUCUCUCUUUGGGCCAGGGUCUGGGGGUCCCCUGGGCCCCGUGUGCCGGGGCAGCCUCUUCCUCUCUUAGUAGUGGUUGCUCCUCAAAUUCACCCAGAAUAUUCCUGCUUUUUUUUCUUGCUGCUGCUGGGCUUUUGGAACCCUCCUGAGCCCUCCACUCACUGGGUAGAUGGUCUGGAGAGACCCGUCCCUGUGCCUCUUCUGAGCCACGUGUGAAAGAUCCUCCCUCUCUGGCACUGCGCUGGGGACCGUCCUGGGUGAUUGUCCCCUCCGGCAGCUCGGUCUCGAGUGGCAGAGACUGGGGUUUGGCACCCCGAGCCACCCUGCACCUCUUGUUGGUCCCCAGCGGUGGUGGCUUUUGGGGCCACCGCUGACUUGGGAUCACAUCAUGGACCAAAAUCUCAAAGCACAUCCCUGUCGCCUUCUCUUUUGGGCUCCGAAGGUCCUGGAGCUGGACAGGGGCAGGUAUAACUGGAAGCGUGUGCAGGGAGGGCAGGAGUGGGACGCUCUUCUCACAGCUCAGAGAAGCUGGACAUGGGGAGCGGUGCUGCCUUCGUGCUGCCUCUGGUGCUCCCGCUGCCCCCUGCCCGCUCGCAGCCCCGGCUCGGCCCGGACCAAAGAGACUGGGCGGCCGGAGGAGACCGUCCCCGUGCCCGGCUGUCUGGGGUUUUGGCUGCGCUGCACCGCAGGGCCAGGGUGCUUCCGAGGGGAAGCUGCCUCCUUUGCUACUCCCAAAGGAAAAGAGGGAAUCUAGGGACCAAAGCGGCUGAGUUGACACAUUCCUUGGCUCUCUUGGGGGACACAUCGUUGGGGACCGUCUCACGGAGGGGGAGAGCUCCCACGGCCUCGCGCUUGCAGUCGCCUUUCUCCAAGCACGUGGGGCUGCAGGGCUGGUUUGUGGAUGGUGCCGGGGUUGGAGUGACCGGAGUCAGGGGCUGCUGGGGGCGAGGGGGUUCGUGGCAGGGCAGAGACCCGCCAGGAGGACGUGAGCCGCGGAGAGGGGAGUGUUUUGCUCCUGGCUUGCUCCCCAGCCCGUUGCAAUGGGAAAGGGGGGAGUGAUGGGGACUCCUGGCACUGUCAUCACCUUGGGGUGAAAGUGGGACCCCAGAAGCAGCCAGAUGGGCUUUAUGGGAUCGAAUCCCAGUUGGUGCUAAAGCAAGCGAGCACAAGAGCAGGGGAGAGGGGGCAGCUGGGCAGGGGGGAGUCUGUCUCCCUGCUAAUCCUCUUCUUAAUCACGUUCUUGUCUGGGACUAGGGGGGACUCUCAAUGUGAAUAAACAGUUUUUUAAUGGACCAAACGACACAGGCAAUUACGUUUUGGUAUACAAACAUUUUUUUAAUGCUACCUUGAAACCAUUGUCCUAAUUCUCCUCUCCCAUGCCCUGCUCCUCCUCCCCUGCUGUGGGAAACAAAUCUCUUACUGCUUGAUUUCUGCCUUUUCUCUCGACUUAUGCACUUUUUUGCCUUUUUUCAUAGCUGAAAAGCACCUAAACCUGUAUUUAAAAUAAAUAAAUAAAUAAAAUAGUAAAAAAAAAAUUAAAAGCUAAAUUGUUUCUCAUCACAUGUAAAAUAGACCUCGUCCAUCCCAGCUUCCCCAGUUGCGUCUCAGUGCUGAGCUUAGAACGUGUUUUCUUCCGGAUCCGUCGCUUGAUUGGGGUUUGUCCUUGUGUACUCCUUCCCGUCGGGUUGAGCACCCACCAAUAAAAAACCGCUAUUGGUCUUUUUAACUGAACCGUCGAAUGGAACAAACCAACCAAUUCUCUUCCCAGUUUACUCGAGUUAAAAAUAAAAGUAUAAUUUUUACCUGCC